CCACUCUGGAUCACUUUUCAUCUCUGCACCUCCAACCCGAUGGAGAGAAAAUGCACGGUGCCUUAAUGGGCUUCUGAUAGAGGAAGGAAACCAGGGCUUUUUUUUUUUUUUCUGGGAGCCAAAAAAGAAACAGCCUGAGAAAACAGGAUAUCAGCACUAGACACAAUGUGAAAAGAAGAGAGGGAGAGUUAAAAAAAAUAUAUCUGGGUGAGAGAGAGAAGUUGUGCAUUCAGCUAAGCUGCAAAAGGCUGGCUCGUCUUCCCUCCCCCUGCCUUUCUCCACCCCCUGGAAAAGUGUUCUGUCUCUCCCUCUCUCUCUCUCUCUCUCUCUCUCUCUCUACCUCUUUCUCUCUCCCCUUCUCUGCAGCUGUGGUCUGCUGAGCGUCACCUCCACACAGCAAGUGCCUUUACUUGAGCAGAAGAGGGAGAAGGAAGAGGAGGGUAGCUGCGAGAGAGAAGGAAGGAAAGAAAAAAAAAAAUCCCAGGAGUGUUUCUGAACACACCAGAGGAGCAUCUCUGACUUUGUAGAGAGGGCUGAAAAGUACACAGAGACAGACGGGCAAAGGCGGGCGGCGUUGGAGUAUCACAGCGCUGGCGGUGCUGGCAGAGCAUGCUGAGUGAAGACAGGGGAAUCCACUGGCGCUGUUGGUCCUGUUGUCCCUGGCAAAAAAGCAGCUUGAGCAGGAGAGAGAAAACGGCGCAGCAUCCAGGAUCUCGCCAGGGGGGCAGCAUUUUAUAGCGACAACGAAGCGUGGAGACAGCUGAAACCUGCGCGCACACACACUCGCAGGAAAACACACAUGUACACAGCUGAGUGGGGAAGGACACACUCGCUGCAUUUUAAAAGAUUCACCACAACCCCUUUUCCACUUCUGAAGCACAAAAACUUACAGGCUGGGACACAGGAAAACACAAAUGUUAGAUUUUUUUGUCCAUGGAUGCUGGAUGAUGGAGAGGAAAACUUCUGGAGAGGAAAUUCUCUUUUAAGCAGGACUUACUGCAGAGAUUUUUCCCACUAAGAAUAACUUUCUUUUUUUUGAAGUUGGGGUUUUAAAGCCUCUGUAAGCACAACACAAAAUAACCUCUAUUCUUAGUCGCAGAAAUUGAGAGCGGUCUUUGUGACCAUUAAGAUGCCUCCUCCUGAUUCAGUCUGAGCAGUAAGUGGAUUAUGACGGCAAUAUUUUGGGAUUGCUCUUUCGCUUGAGAAAAAAAAAGAAAGAAAUCCAUGACUGGUGGAUUUACGUCUGUCAGAAAAGGAGAGGAUCCUGUGCUUUCUCCUCUUUCUUCUCCUGUGGAUUACAGAUGGGCUUUGUGAUCUCCCAGUGCAGUCUCAUGGAUGAUCGCUCGCUGCCAGUCAUUAGGAUAAAGUACAAAGAGGGACACAAGUGGCUUGGGCACAAGCGGAGAUUGAUUGAAGUGAUCUGUGUGAAUCCUAUUAAUGCAUCCUGGAUUCCGGCCAAGGCAGAAGCAAUGGAGGGGAACACCGCUGUCUAGCAGCACUAUCUGAUCUGCCUCCUCACUGGAUGAACUGAGGACCCUCUGCACUCCCUCUUCAACAACACUCCUCCUCCUCCUCUCGCCCAGGCAAGGAUGGUACCCCCACCUCCCACCAACAAGCCCCACGUGUGCCUGUCCACCAUCCUGAUCAUGAGCAGCAUGGCUCUGAUUGAUGCCUACCUGGUGGAGCAGAACCACGGCCCCCGUAAGAUAGGCAUCUGCAUCAUGGUGAUGGUGGGAGACAUCUGCUUUCUAAUUGUAUUGCGUUAUGUGGCAGUGUGGGUGGGCGCAGAGGUGCGAACAGCCAAGCGAGGCUACGCCAUGAUCCUCUGGUUCCUUUACAUCUUUGUGCUGGAGAUCAAGGUCUACUUUGUGUAUCAAAAUUACAAGGCGGACAGGAAGAGCCUGGACGCUCUCGCCAGGAAGGCGCUAACGUUGCUGCUCUCCAUUUGCAUCCCAGUGCUGUUUGUGGUGCUGGUGGCCAUCGACCACAUGGAGUACGUCCGCGCCUUCAAGAAGCGUGAGGAGAUCCGUAACCGUCUCUUCUGGGUGGUGGUGGACUUGCUGGACAUACUGGACAUCCAAGCCAACCUGUGGGAGCCCCAGAAGAAGGGACUACCUCUCUGGGCUGAAGGCCUGAUGUUCUUCUACUGCUACAUCCUGCUGCUCGUUCUGCCCUGCGUGUCCUUGAGCGAAAUCAGCAUGCAGGGCAUUAACAUCGUGCCCCACAAGAUGCUCCUGUACCCCAUCCUCAGCCUGGUGACCAUCAACAUCAUCACCCUGUUCAUCCGCGGGGGGAACAUGAUUCUGUACAGGGACGCCAGGGUCUCCGGGAUCCUGAUAGGAAAGAACAUCCUAGCCAUCAUCCUAAAGACCUGCAGCUUUGUGCAGUACAGGAGACAGUUGCAGAAUGCUCCCCCUGCCUUUGGGGUCGAGCUGCAGAAAAACUCGGUGGCCCACGCUCGCCCUGCCCCCACCCCUCCCCAAGUGGUGGUCAUGCAGGAUCAGACGCCCCUCCCCGAGGUGACAACGUGUGAGCACACAUGACAGAAUGGUGAGGCGAAUCCUGGAGAUGUCAAUAUGGAUAUAUAUGACCCUCAGGACACUGGAAGGGCACAAUGUUCCACACCUUUUAGGGCAUGUGAACUCUCAUGUGAACACACAGGAGAUCAUGAUCUCCAUUGAUGCUUAAUGGCACAUAAGACAUUGCAGACACUUAGUGAGGAUAGAGCAGUGCUGUGUCCAAAGCUGUAAUGGUGCAAAAUACAGUAUCACUUUGUGACUUUGUUAAAGCAUCUCCUUCUCCCAGUGAAUUCAGUUAACUGUGUAUUUUUUCUAAUUGUACUAAAGAAAAAAAAGCAACUACUGCAAGAUUAGAGGAUAUAUUUUUGAAUUGUGCGUGUUACAUUCUAAUCUUAAACUUAAGGGUCUGUGUGCUGUGGUGUGUAUUUCUGUCGCUCGAAUGUUCUUAGUAGUGGAGGGCUUUAACACGUCAAAGUCAGAAGGAGCAACCAAUGAGAGAAUCAGAGUAACGAGAUGAAAAUAACCGUUAAAGCUUUCUCUUGAACGAAGUGUGUUUUUAUAUGUGAUUCUUUGAUAAAGUAUUGUGUACAAGAUAAAGGUGUUCCUGCUCUUUCACUGGCUUCUG